CCACGUCCUCCGGAUGGUAGCAGACGCAGCAGCGGCUGCGGCGGGACCCUCUAGUAUCCGGAGCAUAAAUAGCGAUCGCACUUUCUCGGCCGGCAUCAGUCGCUCAAGGCAGACCGGAGCAAACCGAUCGGAAGACCUGGGCACGUAAUAUAUAAAGCCGAGUUCUUUACUGGGACUGGUGUUUUGGGCCGGCCGGUAUAGAGCGGGGACCACCGCAUGUGCUGAUCUGACCGGCGGUUCGGAGCAUCCUACGCGGAGUUCUCACUUCUGUUUUCCUGUUCCACUCGUCGCCUGGUGCGGAUUGCGCGGAGCGGUGGAUACGAGAGUCGAGCAGUGCCGAGAUUCCGGCGUACAGACAGAACAAGCAACCUAAACUCCACUUUCAGUUGGUACAGGAACCGACACUUGUUCCGCAAUGGCCAGCCUUGUCAUGGACCUGGUGGAGCUGCUCAAGUCGCACGCCGACCCCCGCACUAAGGACUUUCCGUUGAUCGGCAACCCAACGAUGGUGCUGACCCUGAUCGCCGGUUACCUGUACGUGGUCAAGGUGUGGGGGCCCCGGUUCAUGGAGGACCGCAAGGCCUACGACCUCAAGCGCAUCAUCAUGGCUUACAACGCCUGCAUGGUGAUGCUCAACGUGUUCUUCUUCUACAAGUUCCUUUCGCACUCGUACUUGGGCGGCGGUUACAGCUGGCUGUGCCAGGGUAUCGACUUCCAAGACCCCGGGUCGAUCACCAUCGUGUCGUACUGCUGGUGGUACUUCAUGGUGCGCAUCCUGGAUUUUGCCGACACGCUCUUCUUCCUUCUGCGCAAGAAGUAUAGCCACAUUUCGUUCCUACACGUCGUCCACCACAGCCUGGUCGUCUGGAAUGGUUGGCUCUUCAUCACGUUCGGCGCCGACGGCCAGGGCAUCAUGGGCGUCUCUAUAAACUCGUUCAUCCACAUCGUCAUGUACACCUACUACUUCUUAGCCGCCUUGGGACCCUCCGUGCAGAAGUACCUGUGGUGGAAGAAGUACAUCACCACCAUGCAGAUCGUCCAGUUCGCCGUCUUCAUCGGUUUCGUCUGCGUGCCUCUGUUCAAGGACUGCGGAUACCCGCGCUUCCUGACCUAUCUUGCCGCGUCACAAUGCUGCUUCUUCCUGGUGCUGUUUGUCAACUUUUACAUUCACACCUACGUGAGAACAAGAAAGGGCGAAGUGCACUUCUUCUGCGGCAACUAUGAGGCCACUCCGAAGGCCACCGUGCCGGCGAAGGAAGGCGAGCAGCCAACGACGAAUGGAAAGGGAGCAUUCGCCAACGGUGCCGUCGCGAACGGCAACUCUCACGUAAACGGCUGCUGUAACGGUGCUGGACUUAAGAAGAGGGAAGCCAAGAUACGCACCCAUUAGAUUGCGGGAAAAAAAAAGAAAUAGUGGGCAGCUAAAUGUUCGGAGUGAGUGCCAACGAUGUCACGAGCAUAUUCAACGUUCGCGACGUCGUCGGGACUGACAAUGGGCGCCUUGCGGGACUGAAUCGUUAUCAUUGUGGCGUCCACCAGCUGACCGGAAGCGUCUAUUUAUUUUACAGCGUUUGUCAAAACGUGGCGAGCUCUACUGAUUAUUCUAGGGCGGUGAAACUAAUUGUACCUACUGCUACGGACGUGCGAAGGUUGUACUUUUGGACCGACGCAAAGCGCACUGUCGCACGGCGUAUUGUCGCUCUUCGUAGUUAUGUGUGUUACCACAUGGUGCAUGGUGGUCGUGUGCCUGUUGGGUGCUCCAUCGAUUCCCUGCCGGGUAGUUAGAGAUCAACGAAAUCAUCCCGCGUGGACUGAAACAUUAAAUGCGAUUCGCGCAGCGCAUCUGAGACGAGACGUAAGGACACAGAUACGCACACGCACGGCAAUCGUGUCCUUUUGUCCCGUGCUAGAUGCGCCACGCAAAUGGCAUUUAAAAUCACGCAUCAACAAGCCGCACUUGAAACCUUAGCUGAAAGUAAUGUUUCGUUUAUUUUUUUUUUUUUCAUUUAUUCAUAUUGCACGUUCACCUUCAUUUCACGUACGUAGUAAAACAUUUCUAGUUCGCUGCACCUUUUUUUUAAAUUCAUGACAUGGCAGUGCAGUUGCUGCAGAAGCUGUGAUAUAGCGGCUCUUGCGUGUUUUGUGUGUCGCGGUCAUGCGUCUUUCAACAAUUGUGCGUGGCGUGUCUGCGAUUUCAUCAUGUCUCUUGUUUGAUCACCUGGCAGCCAACUACUGUACAUAGAUGUUUGUUGUAAUGUUGUGCUUUUUAUGAAUACACACGUUUUCAUCAGUCA